AAAAACUAUUUGGGCAUGCGCUGUAGUAGUUUGCUUUGGCGUGAGCUUUACGUUGUGCAGUGUGGACCGGACUCGUUGAUCAAGAGCGGUUUAUGUAAAGUGCCUGUAUAGUUUUGACGGGACACUCGGGUGCAGUUUUGUUGGUGUGUCUUGAGUCCAUCACCUUACAAAGAUGGAUUUCCAACAUCGAGCUGGAGGGAAGACGGGCAGUGGCGGUGUCGCUUCUGCCUCAGAGAGUAACCGUGACCGAAGAGAGCGGUUACGUCAGCUGGCCCUGGAGACCAUUGACAUCAACAAAGAUCCAUAUUUUAUGAAGAAUCAUUUGGGGUCAUACGAGUGCAAACUUUGUCUGACACUUCACAACAACGAGGGCAGUUACUUGGCCCACACACAAGGAAAGAAACAUCAGACCAACUUAGCACGGAGAGCAGCCAAAGAGGCAAAGGAAGCUCCUGCUCAGCCAGCUCCAGCCAAAGUCAAAGUUGAGGUCAAAAAGUUUGUCAAAAUUGGUCGACCAGGAUACAAAGUCACCAAACAGAGAGACCCUGAAACGGGACAGCAGUCUUUACUUUUCCAGAUUGACUAUCCAGAGAUUGCCGAAGGAAUUGGGCCCAGGCACCGUUUCAUGUCUGCUUAUGAACAGCGCAUUGAGCCACCUGACCGUCGCUGGCAGUACCUGCUGCUUGCUGCUGAGCCAUACGAGACUAUCGCCUUCAAAGUCCCCAGUAGAGAAAUUGAUAAGGCAGAAAACCGCUUUUGGACCCAUUGGAACAGAGAAACGAAACAGUUUUUCCUGCAGUUUCAUUUCAAAAUGGAGAAAGCUAUACCCCAGUCCACUGGACCAGUGCCCCCUGCAGGUGUGAAGCGGCCCCCACCUCUAAUGAGUGGACCUGGAUCUCACCUAAAUGAUAAUAUGCCCCCUCCCCCACCAGGAGGGAUGAAUGUUCCCCCUCUCCCACCUGGUGCCCCACAGAUGCCCAUGCCCCCAAUGCCAAUGAGGCCACCACCUCCUGAUGUACUUUCAGUUAACUGAUAAUCGAUCAGUGUGCUUCUUUUUACUCCCCCAUUAUCUGCUCUCACACUGUCCUGCCUGUUCACUAUGUCCAUCUAGUUUUAGAUACAGUUGGUACAUUUGAUUUUUUUUAUCUUUUCAGUUAAUGUGUAAAGCUCACAUGUAGUACAUUUUUGUACACUGGUUUAUGUAAAAGUGUGGAGCAGACUGUUAUUUCAACAGUAUAUCGAUGGCUCUACUGUUUUGUAUAAAUGCUUGAUUAAGAUCUUUUAAGAGUCUGUUUUUGUAAUUAAAUACUGUGGAGACAAACAAAUGCA